UCAAUCCUCCUCCUCCCAUUUACCUCAUGUUCACCAUUGCCACCACUGCUGCCGGCAAAACCAUUCUAGCACCCCUCCAUCAUUAUUACUAUUAUUAUUAUCGAAAUCAUCAUCGUCACCUUCAUCAACUUCACCAACAACGUGUCCAACAUGUGCGAGCUGUAGUGUGUCGGACGACCAUCAUCACCUUCAUCAUAGCCAAGGGGAGCGACAACGAAACGAAGCGUCCAGCAAAAAUUCCUCAGUACGGCACCAGAGUUGUCGGAGUCGAGCGAGUCGGACAGUCGCACGAUGGUCACUGAUGCCCUGCAUCGUCCUCCUAGCUUUGGUCACAGCAUCAGACGCAUGCUCGACGCGAUCGACGCCAAAGGCACGCUCCAGCUACAUCAGCCAGCUGCAUCAACAGCAACAACCGCAGCAGUACCCACGACCCGCACAGCACUACCCACCUCUGCUGCCGCGGCAUCCAUCGCCAAUACUAGACACACCAACUCCCAGUCAAACGGUACCGCAGCAACAACCACAGAAGUCGCCGCUUAUCCCUUCCGUGCCCACCGUCAGCGAUGCUGACUUGACGACGCAGAGACCUAACGUCACAUUCCGAACGUAUCCAUGUCCGGAGGCGUACGCGAAAUGGUACUGUCUCAACGGAGCGCACUGUUUCUCGGUGAAAAUCGGCGAGUCCGUUCUCUACAACUGCGAAUGCGCCGACGGCUAUAUGGGUCAGCGUUGUGAAUUCAAAGAUCUUGAUGGUACAUAUAUUCAGCGACGAGGAAUCCUCAUCCAGACGGCGUCGAUUGCAGCAACGGUCCUGGUCAUUGUACUCGUGGUUAUCAUCAUCAGCCUGUGCAUGGUGCACUCGUCGCGGCAGCAGCAGUUCCACAGCAAAAACGGUCAAUACGUAUAUCGCAAUUGGAACGCAGUCAUCACGACGAAGCAGGUCCCCGUCACUGUCCUGACACCCGAGAUCCUGGCGCGCACAGUAUGA